CCCAGCGCCCAGUCGCGCCUCCGACGCCGACGCCGACACCUCACAGCCGCGCAGCGCACCCAGCAACUCACCGCAGCAGGAGACAUGAUGAGGUGGGCGUGCCUGUUCCUCGGCGUGCUGGCGGCCACGUACGCGGCCGACCUGGAGCAGCUGUACGAGUGGAACUUCCUGCCCUUCCGGCUGCCGCACGGCUUCCCGCGCGACGGCUACGUGCCGGAGAACAACGUCUUCACCGGCCUCGAGGUGGGCUGGAACCGCGUCUUCGUCGCCAUCCCGCGCCUGCGCAACGGCGUCGCAGCCACCCUCGCCGUCCUGCCCAAGGUCACGCACCCCGCGCACGGGCCCGCCGCGCCGCUGCUCGACGCGUACCCCAGCUGGGCGUGGCACUCGACGGCGUCGCGUCCCAACUGUUCGACGCUGGUGUCGGUGUACCGGGCGCGCGCCGACCGCUGCGACCGGCUGUGGGUGCUGGACAGCGGCCUCAUGGACUCGCUGGGCACCUUCACGCGCGUCUGCCCGCCCAAGCUGGUCGUGUUCGACCUGCGCACCGACUCGCCCGUGCGCUCCGUCACCUUCCCGCAGGACGUGCUGCGGCCCAGCUCGCUGCUCACCAACCUCGUCAUCGACGACGAGGGCUCGCGCUCCUGCGACGACGUCUUCGUCUACAUGAGCGACAGCGCCGCGCCCGGACUUGUCGUCUACGACGCGGGCCGCGACUCCGCCUGGAGGGUCAGCCAGUCCUACAUGUGGCCGCACCCGGACCGCAGCGCCUUCCAGGUGGCUGGCGAGUCGUUCACGCUGAUGGACGGCGUGCUGGGCCUGGCGCUGUCUCCGCCGCAGCCGCACCCCCAGCUGCACCCCCACCCGCUGGCCGGCCACGGGCAGCCCGCCUCCGGCUCGCGCCUCCUCUACUUCCAGCCCAUGGCCGAGACGCGGCUGUUCUCGGUGCCGACGUCGGCGCUGCGCGGGGGCCCUCUGCGAGAGCUGGAGGAGCUGCCCGUGUCCGUCGUGGGCCACAAGUCGUCGCAGUCGGCCGUGCUGCACGUGGACCAGCGCGACGGCGCCGUCUGGAUCAGCCCCGUCACAGAGGCCGCCGUCGCCUCCUGGCAGCCCGCCACCGACACCGCCAGCGUCGUCGCCUACAGCCCUGACCUGAUCCAGUUCUCGUCGGAGCUGAUCCUGGCGCCGCGCGACGACUACAACGUGUGGAUGCUGUCCUCGCGCUUCCAGAAGUUCUUCCGGCGCACCUACAACCCGCACGAGAUCAACAUGCGCAUCCUGCGCAUCCGCCUCGCGCCCACCGUCGGGCCCUACUUCGGCCCCGGACUGCUCAACAACACCCUCGUCUUCGACGGCUUCUAGGGCGCCCGCCGCCGGGCCACUCGCAGAGGUCACCUGUUGGUCGGACGGUUGCGUCCUUCUCCAAUCCAGCCUCGUCUCGUUACCGCUUUCGAAAACUUUUCGCUUUUCAUCUCUCCUCCCGCAAAAUUUGUCUGAGAAGUAUCACGAACAAACUGGAAUAUUACCUGUGUUCUUAUUUACUCAUUUACUCAGUUCAGCUAUAACGGAAUAUCUGUAUUGCAGCAAUAUUAUCACAUAAUCAUGUUCCUACGAGCGUAAGUCAGCUGCAAAUGCAGAACUUUUCAGUUGUCUGUCGACCAGCAAAAGGAAAGUCCCCUAUUAAACCGAUGUCGUAUUAAUCUCUGAGCUGCUUGCUGACAUUACUUCACUUCAUUGCAUUUUCAAAUAGUUGAUAACUGGUCCGAACAGCUUAUGUACACAAUAUUUUUUAUUACGUUAAACUUAAAUCUUACUGAAUAAUACACACAGGUCAGUAAGUUUUUUUCCCCCAUAGGAACAGCAGCUGAGCUUCACAUUCAAAAUUACUGUGAAAUUAUGAGAUAUUUCGGCUAAAUGAAAUCUGUAUUUCAGAUUCUGUUUCUAGACAAACUUUUACAUAAUUCAAGCUACGGCCACAGUUUGUUACUUUUUUCUUGCCACCCUUCUCAGACACUGAAGACACGAACGUCAUUGUCAAGUUUAAACGACAAUAGCUAUCAUAUAACUUUACCUAACCAUGUACGGUUUGUUAGUGUAUAAUAACGUUUAUGUGCAAUAUACAAUUCUGUACAGCAAAAUCGGAUUCUGUAGCUACGAAUUUGAUGG